UACCCCCUCCUCCUCCUGCCCCCUCUUCGCGUGAUCUUUGAAGGGAGAAACGCAAAAAUAACGGAAAGUGAGUGAGAGCCGCACGCGCAGAUUAGGGCGUCGUGUGUUUAGUAGCCGCACGGACACACGGAGCUCGUGAGCGAGAGAGGGGUAAAGGAGAGCGGGAGAACGUGAGGAGGCGAGGAGGAGAAGAGGAGGAGAUCGAGCCGUGAAAGCGUCAGGAAUCGCUGCAGCGGGAAGGAGAGAGAGAGGGAUAGAUAGAGAGAGAGAGACCCAGGGGGGUGCCCCUUUUCCUCUCCGCAUCGGCAACGCGGCUCCGGGAUGGGCCGCGGCCGGGCUUGGGGACAGCGGGACCGGCUGUGUCGAGGCGGGGCUCCGCCGUGAAGACUCUGCGGUGCUUUUUAAAACCGCACACCGAACAAAGGCUCCGCGCUGCGGGAGAAAAUCAGACCUGGGAUGCUGUUUGACCGCCGGAUCACCGCCUCAUCCGCAACGCCGAGCAUCUAGAGCCCCGCUGCAGGCAGGCGAUGGGAUGAAAAUGCGACGUCACAGAGUAUUCUUGCUUUGCACUGUGGGGCUAUGUGUCAUCUCCUUCCUCCAUUACUACAAGGCCCUGCACUACGUCUCUCUGCUACGAGAGCUCUCAGCUCCAUACCCCAACAUCAAGUCCUUCAUCAUGGUGACUGGAUUCUUCUGGAGGGAGCGGGCCACCCCUCUGACCAGUGCCUCCCCAGAGGAAGGGCCCCCACCGGCCCUGAGACCGUCUGACACAAGACCCCGUGCUGAGGAGGGCAUUGGAGGAAUAGACAGAGGCCUGGAACUGGAACGGGCAGGGGAACCUAAAGCACCACAUCCGUGGGCAAAACCUGAAGAACGACAACACCAAGAGGUGGAUCUCACUGAGCAGCAGAAUGAAAAUGCUAAGCUGGUGGUGUGGCACCCCAGUAGCCCAGCUCAUCAGAGACCAGACUUCCAGCGACAGAGCGUUCCCAGCUCGACAGUGAAGCUUCAACCCAAGCAAGCUUCCACUCCAGACCCCUCCAGGUUUAUAGGUGACUUACACAAGCGCACCUUUACCCUCCAGGAGGAUCACACACCCUACUUUGUCCGCACCAAAGCUGGAGCCUGGUGCUUUCGGCAAGGAACGGAGGUAGCACCUCCUCGGGAUGAUGCUGGGACGGGGAAAGGCAGACCAACGAUGGCAGGUGCACUCCAGAGAAAGAUCUUGCAAGAUCCCGAGGAGUUAAACGCUGGAGGAAAAGCAGCCGAGGAGUCGAGUGCCCCAAAAUUAAAGCCCAAACGGGGCAAGAGGUUAGUGAAGUGUGUGUGCCGGCCUGGAUGGCACGGUCCAUAUUGUGGCGUGCCUACCAUGGUGUACCACUCCAACCUGCCUACUAAGGAAAGGCUGAUCCCUCGUGAGAAACCGCGUAGAGUCAUCAAUGCGAUCAACGUCAAUCACGAGUUUGACCUGCUGCACGUUCGCUUCCACGAGCUGGCCAAUGCCGUGGACCUGUUCUUGGUGUGCGAGUCUAACUUCACGGCGUACGGCGAGCGGCGGCCGCUGAGCUUUCUGCGCCGCCUGCUCAACGGCACCUACGACUACGUGCGACACAAGAUCCUGUACGUAUUUCUGAACCACUUCCCAGACGGUGGACGCCAGGACGGCUGGAUUGCUGAUGACUACUUGCGUACGUUCCUCACACGAGAUGGGAUGUCCCGUGUGCGAGGACUGCGGCCGGACGACGUCUUCCUCAUCAACGAUGCUGAUGAGAUCCCGGCCCAAGAGGGCAUCCUUUUCCUCAAGCUGUUUGACGGCUGGACGGAACCUUUCGCCAUCCACAUGCGGAAGUCUCUUUAUGGGUUCUUCUGGAAGCAGCUGGGUUCGCUCGAGGUGGUGUCUGGAUGCACGACGGGGAUGCUAAGCGAGGUAUACGACAACGACGGGAUCCGUUUGCGUCGGCGCGAUUAUUACACCAUGCCUAGGUUCCGCAAGUAUGAGAAUGACACGGGACACAUCCUGGUGCAGUGGUCACUUGGAAGCCCCUUCCACUUUGCUGGCUGGCAUUGCUCCUGGUGCUUCACGCCUGAGGGCAUCCAUCUCAAACUCGUAUCCGCCCAGAACGGGGACUUCCCACGCUGGGGGGACUACGAGGACAAGCGGGACCUAAACUACAUCCGCGAGCUGAUCCGAACUGGGGGCUGGUUCGAUGGCUCGGUGCAGGAGUACCCGCCUUCAGACCCUAAAGAACACAUGUAUGCACCCAAAUACAUGUUGGACAAUUUCAAACAUUACCAGUACCUGCUGGAGAACCCUUAUGCAAAGCAACCCGUGCUGAGUGGGGGGUAGCUGUACUGAUCCUUAGCCGUUGUUGAUUCGGUUAAAAAGGGGUCAAAAUGGGUCCCAAUAUCGGGGGAGGGAGGGAAUAGAUCUCUGCCUACAUUGUUUUUUCCCUGUUCUCUCUCAUUGGACCAGACCCUAAAGGUCACACACCACCAUCCAAUCAUUGGCAGAGGUGGGUGGGGCCAGCCAAGGCUUAAAUUAUGGACAAAUUAAGCCUUGUGGAGUAUCCUGUGGAGAAAAAAAGAUUUCUUUGGUUGUUUGUUUCUUUGGUUUGGUUUCUGUUGCUGUUACUCAGCGAAUAUACAGAAUCCUACAGGGA